AUGAAAUUAUCGACCGAAGAUUUCGUUCUGUUACCAGGAUAUGCUGCCAUUGUCCUUAUUGGAAUAAUAGGAAACUUUCUUAUCUUAGCUGUCGUGAAAAGGAAACGCUACAUGCAUACUACAACAAACUUUCUCCUCGCCAAUCUCGCUCUAGCCGAUUUAUUAACAUUACUGUGGUGUAUUCCAGGAAUCUUACUGAAAGACUUAAUCACACACCCCAAUGGCCUACUUGGAGACAUUCUGUGCAAGUUUGUCACCAUGCAACACAUGGCUGGAAUAUCGCUUCUGGUCGCUGGGCUGACACUCACUCUAGUGUCUGUUGAGCGGUAUAAUGCGCUGGUAAACCCUCUGAACGCCAGCUUGCGGCUCACGAAAGAAAAUGUCAAAUAUCCGAUCGUUGCCAUGUGGAUGUUUGCGUUCAUCUUUGUGCUGCCCCUAUUUGUCUUCGAGGAUUGGGACGAGAUGCGGAAUAGGUGUAUUAUGCUCUGGAAGAAGCCAUCAGCGACCAUUUAUUGGUCAAUUUUAACGUUGAUUGUUUUUCUCGCGUUUGUAUUAGUCUGCUUCUGCUAUCUCAAUAUAAUCAGGGGAUUGUAUUUUACAAAGCAAAUCUGCGCAGAAAGUUUAAAGUGUUGUUCAGAAGAGGAGAUGCAAGCCAAGCGUAAAAUCGUCAAGCUUUCGAUCACCAUCACAGUUAUUUUCCUCGUCUGUUUCUUCCCUUUCGUUGUUGCCACAGUCUCGGAUAAAAUUUCAGCGGAGGACGUAUUUUAUAAGAUCGCCUACUUUCUGGUUUAUUGCAGUUGUUGCGUAAAUCCAAUUUGCUACGCAGUUCAAAGCACAAAUUACAGAAAUGCAUUCAGGGAAACUAUCCGUAAAAGAUCGACCACUAAACAAACGGAACAAGCAGUGUAA